GAAUUUAAUGGUAUAGGAAAUAUUAGAUUACUUAAGAUCUCGUUGAGCAUUUCAAUUUCCAAUCAGAGUUCCCCAUCACUGGCUGUUGGCAGAUUAGAAUGAAAGGUUUUGCAGGACUAGGACUAAGUUAAGAAAAAGGAAAUGCUACACUGAACAAAGCAUGCAGCUAAACAACAUCUAAAUCAUUUACGAUUUGAAAAUUGAGUCGUUUUUAAUUGCGUUUUUAGAAAUUUCUCGUUGAUCUCGCAAAGAUAGUUUACUGCAUUCUUAAGAUGCCCGCCGUAGACGUGGACACUGCCCUGUUAACCAUGGGUUAUGGGUUUGGUCAGGUGAUCAUUUUCAUGGUGAGCUUUUUCGUGUACAUGUACUCCGUAACUGAGUCCAUGACCGCUGGCUAUCUCGUGGUGCUGACCUCCUGCGAGUUCGAUACCUCACACGAAGAGAAGACCCUAUUGGCCAACUCCCUUCUGGGCGGGAUGGUAGCCUCCGGAUUGUUCAUUGGCUUUCUGGCGGACAGGUACGGCCGCAAGUUCGUUAUCCGGUUGGCACUCGUAGGAGCCCUGUGCUUCUCGAUGAUCUCUGCUUUCAUGCCGGAGCUCUAUUCGCUUUCUGUGGCACGAGUGGUCGUGGGAACCUUCCUCUCGGCGGUUGCAUCCUUGCAGGUGGGAUUCCUGGCGGAGUUCCACGCCGUCAAGUGGCGACCAAUUACUGUGGCCAUUUGCAGCCAAUCGCAGGGACUAGCGCUGAUCUACUGUCCACUGGUGGCCAUGGCUAUUCUGCCCUACAACUGGCAUGUGGACCUCAGCAGCUCCUUGAAUUUACGGGCCUGGCGAUUCCUGAUGAUGAUAUUCAUGAUUCCCGGCUGGUUGGCCCUGGUCGGUAUCUGUCUGGUGCCGGAGACUCCGCAUUUUCUUGUGUCCAUCAAUAGGCCGGACAAGGCCCUCGUGGCCCUUCAGUGGAUAUGCCGAAUGAACAGGAAAAAGUGGGAGGACAUUGACAUAACUCUGAGUGUAGAUACAUCAAACGUGGUCGAUCAGGGAGGCUUCUGGCAGAAUGUGUGGUACGAGUAUAAGCUGCUCUUUACCAAACCUCAGGUCUACAAGUUUUUUAUCUGCCUCAUGCUUAUUUUUGGGAUAUUCUUCACGUCCAUUGGACUGGGCAUCUGGUUUCCGGUUAUCCGCAACAUGGACAACUCGGGCUCGAACCGUUUAUGCGACCUCGUCAAUAAUAACCCAACAUUUAUGAGUCGCAAGGAUGCGGACUCGGCGGCACAGUGUAACGACGAGAUGACCAACCUGAUCGAUCCGGUCUACUACGGGUUAACCUACAUUGGUUGUUUUAUCCUGGCCUCCGUAUUGGUGCACUUCAUGGUCCGGAAGUAUGUGAUUGCGCUGCACAUCUUCAUUUCAUUUAUCCUGGGCAUAGCGCUAAACAUCUUGAAGCAGCCGACCAUCGUGCUAAUCUUUUUCGUGCUCAUGAUGGUGCUGCCUGGCGUCCUGAUCCCGCUGGCCACCUCGGUGCUAGUCGACUGCCUGCCCGUCAAUUUGCGCGGAAAGGCACUCUGUAUGGUUCGAUCACUGGCGCGAUUUGGUGGCGUUUUGGGCAGCACCAUGGUUGGGCUCUUCAUAAGGGUCACCUGCGAUGUAACCUUCAACAUUUUCACCAUCUGUCUGGCAAUUUGCGUCGUUUUGGCACUCUAUCAACCCAGGGACAUUGUGUAAUGCUGUAUGCUCGUCCAAAUUGUUCCGUGUUGCAAUAACGAGAAGUUUUUGAAUAAAGAUCAUAUCGUAAGCGUCA